AUGGAAGUAACUGAGGAAGUCCCUUCUGUCAGAGCCUAUGCAGACCAACCAGACCAUGAGAGGCACGUGGGGAAGGAGAAUAGAACGAGCAUCUCUGAAUUUAUCCUCUUGGGACUUUCUGAACAGCCAGAUCAGCAGAGACUGCUAUUUGGGCUCUUCCUGGCCAUGUACCUGAUCACUGUGGUGGGGAACCUCCUCAUCAUACUAGCCAUUGGCUCUGACUCCCACCUCCAAAGCCCCAUGUAUUUCUUCUUAGCCAAUCUGUCCUUUGCAGACAUCUGUUUCACAUCAGCUUCCAUCCCCAAGAUGCUGGUGAACAUUGAGACUCAGCAUCAGACCAUCUCCUAUGUUGGGUGCAUCACCCAGCUAUAUUUCCUUCUUGCAUUUGGGGGUUUGGACAACCUCCUCCUGGCUGCAAUGGCCUAUGACCGCUAUGUCGCCAUCUGCCGCCCCCUUCACUAUGCUACAACCAUGAGCUCCCAGCGCUGUGUGCUAAUAAUGAGUAUGUGCUGGGCUUUGACCAAUAUCCCUGCCCUGACACAUAGCGUUCUGCUGGCCCAUCUGUUCUUCUGUACCCAACGUGCCAUCCCUCAUUUCUACUGUGAUAUCAGUGCCUUGCUAAAGUUGGCAUGCUCAGAUACCCACUUAAAUGAAUUGAUGGUAAUCAUCUUGGGAGCAAUAUUCCUCACUGUUCCUCUUGCUCUCAUCAUCCUCUCCUAUGCUCGCAUCACCUCUGCUGUCCUUGGUUUCUCCUCUCCUGAAGGAAGAUGGAAGGCUUUCUCCACAUGUGGAUCCCAUCUAACUGUAGUCUUGCUCUUCUAUGGUUCUCUUAUGGGUGUGUAUUUAUUUCCUUCAUCAAGUGACUCUGUUCAAAGAGAUAGCGCAGCUGCUGUCCUUUACAUUGUGGUGACCCCCAUGUUGAAUCCAUUCAUCUACAGCCUGAGAAAUAGAGACAUGAAAGGGGCACUGAGGAGGCUUCUUGGGAAUGGGAAAACUCUCUCCUCUCCAUAA